AUGAUGACUCUUUUAGACUCACUUUACUGUGAAGAAAAGCACCAAUGGGAGGAUGACGAACAAGAACCAGUGCGUAGUUACAGCUGUGUUGACAAUCACCCUCAACACACACUCCUCGAACACGACCUAUUUUGGGAACACCAAGAGUUAUCCUCUCUCAUUUCCAAAGAAUCCCACCAAUGCUUCCACAAUAAUCGCCACAUCAGUCCUUCCGCAAACCACCGCCGUGAGGCGGUGGAGUGGAUGUUGGGAGUGGUCUCGCAUUUCUCAUUCACGGCCCUCACGGCGGUGCUCGCCGUCAACUAUCUUGAUAGAUUUUUUGACAGAUUUGGAGAGUUAGAGACGGAGAAGAAGCAGCAGCAGCCAUGGAUGACCCAACUUGCUGCUGUUUCUUGUCUUUCUCUUGCUGCUAAAGUUGAAGAAACACAUGUCCCACUUCUUCUAGAUCUCCAAAUGGAGGGGAGCAAAUACGUUUUCGAAGCAAAAACAAUUCAAAAGAUGGAGAUUCUAAUACUUUCAACUCUUGAAUGGAAGAUGAACCCCGUGACACCACUCUCGUUCCUCGAUUAUAUCACAAGAAGACUCGGAUUAAAGAGUUAUCUCUCUUCCGAAUUCCUCAAGAGAUGCGAGUGUCUCCUACUUUGCUUCCUUCCUGAUGGUAGGUUUACGUCUUAUCUUCCAUCAGUGAUAGCAACAGCAACUAUGGUGCAUGUAAUUCACAGUGUAGAGCCAUGUAUUGGAAAUGAAUACGAAUCUCAACUUCUGGGUAUUCUUGGCAUCAAUAAGGAAGAUGUGGAGGAGUGUUGGAAAGAAAUCCAGGAGAUAACAUGUAGUAGAAAUGGAGGUCGACAUUUCAAUAAACGGAAGUUCGGGGCAGUACCCGGGAGCCCGGAUGCGGUAAUGGAUCUGUCUUUCAGCUCCGAUGAGUCGUGGUCGGUGGAGAACCCAUCGGUUCCGUCGUCGCCGGAGGGAGGAGCCAAGAAAAGCCGCAAGGGUGAAGCGUGA